AAAUGCUUUUACCCGGAACGAAACGAUUAUCACAGACAGGAAGUAAACUACACAUUUGCAAAAAUAUGAACGUUGUGGAGCAUAAAAUGUAGGGGGGAAAAAGUACUUGUUCGUUUGUUGUUAGCUAACAGAAAUCAAUAUGAGUCAGUUAAUGAUUGCUCUCUCAUCAAACUAAAGCGAACAAGCAAGGUAUUUCAGAAGUGUGAAAUGUCGUUUCCCCAGCCCAAACCUGAGGUCCCUCAGCUCCCCCAAAACCUUCUCAGGACCAUAGACUGCCAACAAGGGGCUGUAAGAGCUGUGCGAUUCAAUGCUGAUGGUAACUACCUGCUGUCUUGCGGCAGUGACAAGUCUCUGAAGUUGUGGAGUGUAAGUCGAGGGACACUACUGAAGACGUACAGUGGCCAUGGAUACGAAGUGCUAGAUGCUGAUGGUUCCUAUGACAACAGCCAGCUGUGUUCCUGCAGCUCGGACAAGACGGUGAUCCUCUGGGACGUCGCCACGGGACAGGUCACCCGGAAACUCAGGGGUCACGCUGGGAAAGUCAACUGUGUCCAGUUCAAUGAAGAAGCUACAGUCAUUUUAUCUGGCUCCAUAGAUGGUACAGUACGUUGCUGGGACACCAGGUCCAGAAAAUUUGAACCCAUCCAGAUUCUGGACGAGGCUCAAGAUGGUGUCAGCAGUCUGAAGGUGUCUGAACACGAGCUGCUCACUGGGUCAGUAGUGGAUGGGAGAGUGAGACAUGACCUGCGGAUGGGCCAGCUGCAUGUGGACUUCAUCAACAGUCAGCCCCAUCAGUGUGUGUGUUUCAGUGCGGACGCCCAGUGCACUCUGACCUCCAGCCUGGACUCCACCGUGCGUCUACUGGACAAGAGCACAGGGGAGAUGCUGGGAGAGUACACAGGACACAAGAUGAAGGGCUACAAGCUGGACUGCUGUCUGUCCAGUAAGGAUACUCACGUCCUGAGCUGCUCUGAGGACGGACACGUGUACUGCUGGGACCUGGUAGAGGUACGAGGGAUGGAUGAUUUGUUCAUUUAAUAGAUAGC